AUGAUAUUAUUGAUUUUUUAUUUUAUCUCUGCCAAAGCUUUAAUCACAUAUGAUUAAGGAUAUUAUAACGGAUUCUCACUCCCUGUAUCGCCAGGUUUUAUUUGCAAAGACAAUUUUCAAUAAAUAGAAAAUGUGCCAUUUAGAGAAGCUUUUGCUAAUAUUCCUUAAGUUAUUUUAGGUCUUGAGUUUUUAAGUUUCGAUAAAGGCAUAAAUUAUAAACUAUCAAUUACAAGCACUACAACAACAUGUAAAUUGAAUAUAAUAAAUUAAGAUUUCGAAAUUUAAAUAGAAUGCAUUACUUCGAUUCAAGUAUUCUCUGUUGAAUUCUCAUGGUAUGCAAUAGAUGACUAAAGAAUUCAAGUGAUUAAUAACUUCAAUAUGAACCCUCCUGAUGUGAAAGUAUUUGAUCACAUUAAUCCAAAUUUUGAAUCUGGAAUAGUAUCUAUUACGAGUCUUGGAAUUUAAGGAGACAUUGACUUUUAGCUUUCAGUAUUAUCUUUAUAUCUAAAAUCAAGAUCUCAUCCAUCACUCGAACUGCUGUUUCAGUCAGUAUUACAAAAGUCGCUAACAAAAUUAUUAAUCUAACUCAAAUUGGAUAUUAAGUAAUAUUAGGAAUUCAAGAAGCAUUUAAGGAUUCUAAUAAUUACCCACUUUCUAGUGCAUAUAAUAGUGGAACUUUGAAAUAAUAUUCAAAUCGAUGGUUAUUUUUAAGUUUUACUGGGUUUAAUAUGAGCAGUACUCUAAAAUAAAAGGUUACUAGAUAUCUAUCACCGUUAUCAUAUUAAAUGAACACUUGUAAAGACUAUUAUAAUAUUUUUUAGUUGAUGUGGGAUUCGUUAAUUGUAAUCAUCAAAUUUCUUGGUUAGCCUAUCAAUUUACAACUAUUUACAAACCUUUUGAAUGCUAGAGCGUAAGGCUAUCCUAAUCAAAUGAUGCUUAGGCUUCAACAAAACCUCCAAUAUAAAUUUAUAUAUAAGAAUUAAAUCUUACUUUAGAUUAGUCAUCAAACAAUAUAACCAACUAAUUAACAUUAAAUUUUUAAGUGUAUGUAAAAUGUUAAACACAGAAAAAAAUUGUAAGUCAAUUUCUAAGAUGUUAUGAGUGUACAACUAAUAAAUAUCAUAAAUUAUAGAAUUAUUGUAAUUAAUAGAUAGAUGGAGUUACUUAUUUUCUAAAAUACUAUUAAUAAUAACAGACCUUUAAAAAAUUAUCUAUAUAAAUUGCUUCAGAUAGUAUUAAUAUAAUCCAAGUACUUUAUAAUCAAGUCCAAAUAGAAUAGAAAAUAUUAGAAAUUUCAGUACAAAGUAUUUGA